AUGUGUGAAUGGCUGCUUGAUUUGUUAACAUUCGUUGGAUUUUAUUUCAUUGCUGCAUAUUGUAUUGUGGUGGAAUUUUAUGCGGAUCGGAUUCAUUGUUAUGAUGGAUUGUCGCGAGUGAAAUAUUUGCUUAAAACUAUAGAAAGAAGCAAAUUCAUUUGUACAUCAAAUCGAAAAUUAAUUGCCGUAGUAACCGGAGCGAAUGGAACAAUUGGCACCGAAAUAACCCAUUUAUUGCUACUAAAUAACUUCAAGGUUGUGUGUUUAAUCCGAAAUCAUGACGACGGCAACUGGCUGGAUAGUUUUGAAUACCAGCCGAAUUUGGUGGUGCAACAUGUAGAUUUAUCCAAUCUUCGGAAGGUGAAGGAAAUGGCAAAAUUACUCGCAAAUGAAUAUCCUCACAUAGAUCUCAUUAUUUGCGGGGCCGGUAUUAUGCUGCAGCCAUUCAAGCUCACAGCAGACGGCUUUGAGACCCACUGCGCCGUUAAUCUUCUUUCUCAUGCCGUGAUGGUUAAUUACUUGUUGCCGUCCCUAACUAAAUAUCCCGCAGGAGAAAGCUGUACCCGGAGUAGUCGCAUUGUGUUCUUAUCCUCCGCCACCGCACAUCUAGGAGUUUUCCGUUCUAUAUUUCAAGAUAUAUCCGAAAUAUUUUAUACCUAUCGGAACGGUUACCAGGCUUAUUCAACAUCGAAAUUUGCCUUAUCCCUCUAUGUCGAGGAAAUGGACAAGCAAAUGAAACAGAAAUCCACGGUGGUAAACCAACGGAUAACCGCCAUUUCUGUGCAUCCAGGUUGCGUUGCAAGUGGUCUAUACGAGUAUGCAAACACUUUAACCAAAACCCUGAUUUUCCGAUUUCUGUGGCCUAUAAUGAGAAAUCCAGCUUUAGCUGCAGCGGAAGCGGUAGCUCUCGGAUGUGCUGAUGAUUUGAAAGGUGGUUGCUACUAUCAACACAUGGCACCGACUAGAAUUCUAUGCAGCAUAGCAAAAAAAGAACAACUAUAUCAACAUGUAAGAAACAUCAUAACGAACAUGGAAGAAAUAUAG